AUGCACUUUGGCUCCAAGCCUCUGGUCAGGGAUGUCCAGGAGAGUGCCAAAGAGGCAUGGAUGCUGCCACUCGCAGACGGGGUGCUGGAGCUGCUCAGCCUGGAGCAGACCCUGCUCCGCACUUAUGCCAUCUCCGCCCUGCUCCGGGCUGUGCUGGCACUGCUCCUCCGCCUGCUCCUGCAGCUCCUGGGCCUCUUCCAUCGCUACUACAUGAACUGCCAGCAUUUGAGCUGCUUCCCCCAGCCCCCGCGCCGCAACUGGCUGCUGGGACACAUGGGCAUGGACCCCCUGUUCUACGGGUUCCUGAAGCCCUGGCUGGGGGAGGGUCUGCUGCUGAGCAAUGGGCAGAGGUGGGGACGGCACCGGCGCAUGCUGAUGCCAGCCUUUCACUUCGACAUCCAGAAGCCUUAUGUGAAGAUCUUUAACCAGAGCACCGACAUCAUGCACGACAAGUGGCAGCAGCUGGUGUUGUUGGGCUCCCCUUUCCUGGAAAUGUUUGAGCAAAUCAGCCUCAUGACCCUGGACAGCCUGCAGAAAUGUGUCUUCAGCCACAGCAGCAACUGCCAGGAAAAGCCCAGCGAGUACAUUGCAGCCAUCCUGGAGCUCAGUAACCUGGUGGCGAUACGCCAAGACUGCCCACUGUUCUACCUCGACUGCCUCUACCACUUCACAGCCGACGGGCAGCGCCUCCGGCGUGCUUGCGACACUGUGCAUCGUUUCAUGGCUGACAUGGUGCAGCAGUGCCACCUGGCUCUGGAUCGCAUGGGCAGGGAGGCCUGGCUCCAGGCCAAGCAGGGCAAGACUGAUGUGGACAGCCAGGAGCUGUCAGAUGGGGACAUCAUGGCAGAGGCCAACACCUUCGUGUCUGAGGGUGAGGAAGCCAUGAUACCACAGCCAGCAGCCAGCAGCCAGCACUCCUGGGUGCUGUACAACUUGGCACACCACCCUAAGUACCAGCAGCAAUGUUGGGAGGAGAUCCAAGAGCUGAUGAAGGGCAGGGUGUCAGAGGAGCUUGAAUGGGAGGACCUGUGCCAGAUGCUGUUCACCACCAUGUGCAUCAAGGAGAGGCUGCGCCUGCAUCCGCCUGUGACUGUCACUUCCCGGCGCUGCACUGAGGAUAUCAAACUGCCCGACGGACACAUCAUCCCCAAAGGUGGCUUCCUCUCUGGCAGGGAACACCUGUCUGAUGAACAUUUUCGGGACCCAUCACAAUCCAACCGUCUGGCCUGA